ACUAUAUGAAACCAAACUGAUAAAAGCAAUAGGGAGAACUAUUUAAACUGAAAUGGAUUUUAGGAGUGUAGCCAUAGUAGCAAGAACCUUUGAAAGAGAAGAAUCAUUUAUAAGAAAAGUAUUUUACAUGUACUUGGAAAAAAUCUUCAGUAAAGACAGAUAGGAUUACUGUGCAUAGAAUAUUCUAGAACGUGAAUUAAUAGUUUCCCUACAUUUAAAGUAACAUGGCAGCAGUAUGUUAUGAUGAAAUUCCCUUAAUGGAAUACAAUAAUGAUGAGGAUAUUGAGAAUGAUAUGCCUGUAGAUGGAGCUUAUGAAUUAGAGGUCUGUGUUGUGGAAAAUGUUAAGAAGCCAGACCAUGAUGAUGUUAACACAGUGAAUGAAGAUGACACUGCUGAGAUUCCAGUUGGUGAUAUUGUGGAAAUUGAUCUAGAGGAAGGGAAGGAGUAUCAUCUGUUCUUCUGUCACUCCUCUGUUGACCUAGCCUGGGUUUGGGAUGUCGUAAAAGUUCUCGAGGCUCCCCCCUAUAGCCUCAAGUGCGCAUUCAGUGACCGAGACUUCAUGCCAGGUCAAAAUGACAUGAAUGAGAUGUUUCGGUGUAUCACAGGUAGUAUGAGGACUGUAUUUGUGUUGACACCUGCAUUCAAAGACAGUCGUUGGUGCGAAUGGGAAAUGCAGAUGGCACAAACUGCAUCAGUUGCUAAUAACAUCAGCUUGCUACCGAUAAUGCUGCAAGAAUGCCCUGUGCCUGACACGAUUAAACACAUUAACUACAUUGACGUAACACAUGGAGAUGUUCAACAAGCUGCAAUAAAACUACAGAAGAAUGUUGAAAAACCAGGUCAAGGCUUUUUCCCACAAAACAGUGCUUUACGCAUCAAUGGAUCAUCUUUCCCAAUUACGGAAGUAACUGUUAAGAAAGGAUGCUGUCGUAAAAAAAUUAGGUUUGAACUACCACAAGAUGGGAAAGAUGCAUUGGAACAAAAGGGUAUAACAAUAUCAGAGGAGGAAAUCAAUGAAUUGCUUCAAGGAUUAACUCUACGUGAAGCCAGCAUACAAAUUGACAGACCAUCUGGCAGGUUCCUAUUGUGCAUUGGAUUUUCACAUUUCAUGGGGUUUCUAUGGUUUCUAUUUUGGACAGUAAAUGCAAUAUGGGCCCUAAUAUGUCUCUCUAAGAAUCAGGAUCCUAAUGCUAACAUGACACUUUGUAGCAGACAAUUAACCAAAACUUACACAAGAAAGGAAUGCAAUGCAUUGUAUAUAACAGUAGAAAUAUUAUUUUUUCUGUUAGGGUGUGUCCCAUCAACGGCUUUGUUCAUUUACUCAACUUUAAGAAAAAGAAAGCUAAAAAAAGUUGUUGAGUUGAUAAGAGAUCUUUCUAUGGUGACAAUGAUCAAUCACAAAAUGUAUAUAUGUUUUGCAAGGACUGAACAAUAUUUGAGAAUUGUAAAAUAUGACAUCAAUUCAUGCUAUCAGCGCAUGAUCCAGCAAUGUGUCAAUCUAGAUGUUGAACUGGGUUGGGUACAAAAGGUGAUUCAAAAUAUAUUUCCUGUAUAUAUGGAGGGACUUAUGCAAGAAAAAUUAGACAAGGCUCACAUAGUUGUUCAUCCAACUAUUAACAAUCAAAUAUGUUUUUGUCAAUAUAUUCAAGCAAUACAAGCUAGGCACGGGCUGAACAAUGUUGUACCUAAAAAUGACCAUCCAGCAUGCCCAAAGUCAAAUCAGGUGUAGGUCUUUAUACCUGGGAAUUAAAGACUCUCUUAGUUUAAGAAAUUUCAAAAUGAAACUAAAACACUAAAAUAUAUCAUGAAGAAUACCAAAAAGUUUGUGAUCAAUCAAUAUACAAAGUUUUUACACUAGAAACUUCCGAAAUUGUGAAGUGUUGACAUUCAAGAUUUCCUCGAUUUGUUGGCUUAUGUUCAAUAUACUUAUGUUCAAUAUUACCUUUACAUUGUUGAUUCUUUCAUGUAAUGAUCAAUUUCAGAUUGACAAUUACGAGAAAUGACUUUCAUUUACAGUAACACAAAAAAUAGGUAUGAAUCAUGUAUAAAUGGAAAUAAAAAACUUGCUUUUAUACCUGACUGUACUUAUAGCAAUUUUAGCAAGAUACUGAUAUAACAUAUUCUUUCAUAAGAUUGCUUGCAGCUUGGAUGCAUAUGUAAACAUUAUUGUAUAUAAUUACCAUUUGAUAAUUCAAUAUAAAACCACUGU